CACCGACCCCACCGGCUUCGGCCCCGACGGUCCCCGCUGUGCCGGGAGCCGGAGCUCCGCGGAGCCGGCCCAUGGGGCCGCCCCCCGGGGGCAGUGGACGGGGCGGCCCCGCACACCUGCGGCCCAGCGCUGAGCCCCGGCCCCUUGCUUCCUGCCCGCGCUCCUCCCCCGGCUCCCCCGGUCCCGCACGGCCAGAGCCGCCCCGCACACCCCAGCGCGGCCCGAGCCAGGCGGGACGUGCCCGGAGCACGGAGCAGAGGCACGAGGCUCCAUAGGAGAUGGGUGACUGGGGUUUCCUGGAGAAACUGCUGGACCAAGUCCAGGAGCACUCGACUGUGAUCGGGAAGAUCUGGCUCACUGUGCUCUUCAUCUUCCGCAUCCUCAUCCUGGGCUUGGCUGGGGAGUCUGUGUGGGGGGACGAGCAGUCGGAUUUCGUGUGCAACACCAAGCAGCCCGGCUGCACCAAUGUCUGCUAUGACAAAGCCUUCCCCAUCUCCCACAUCCGCUACUGGGUGCUCCAGUUCCUCUUUGUCAGCACCCCAACCCUGGUUUACCUGGGCCACGUUGUCUAUCUCUCACGGAAGGAGGAGAAGCUGAAGCAGCAGGAGAGUGAGCUCCGGGCUGUCCACAGCAAGGACCCGAAGAUCGAGCAGGCACUGGCAGCCAUAGAGAAGAAGAUGUCCAAGAUCUACGUGUCAGAGGAUGGGAGGCUCAAGAUCCGAGGGGCACUGAUGUGGACGUACAUCAUCAGUGUGAUCUGCAAGAGCAUCUUUGAGGCUGGUUUCCUUGUUGGUCAGUGGUACCUGUACGGCUUCUCCAUGGUGCCCCGCUAUGUGUGCAAGAGGGACCCCUGCCCACAUCAGGUGGACUGCUUCAUCUCCCGCCCUACCGAGAAGAGCAUCUUCAUCAUCUUCAUGCUGGUCAUGGGCCUCAUCUCCUUAAUCCUGAACCUCCUGGAGCUCUUCCACCUCUGCUGCAAGAACCUGCUCAGCAACAUCAAGAAGGUGUCGGACCCAGCCAUCCCAAGCCGGGACGCCUUUGCCCCUGACAUGGUCUCAGGUGCGUGCCCACACAAGCACUACCCCUUCCUGCCCAUGGCCGAGAGCCACACGCCGUCCUUCCAGGCCUUCCACGAGCUCUCCAACCAGCAGAACUGGGCCAACAUCCACAACGAGGAGAACCUGGCACUGGGCAGCAACAGCAGAUCCCUGCCAGACCCCUAUGCCCCCAGGGCUGCCGAUGCCCCCAUCCCAGAGGAGAAGCUGUGCAGCCGGCCCGGGAGCUCAGCCUCUAAGAAGCAGUAUGUCUAGAGCCAGGCUGGCCCUGGCUGGCCAGGGGGGGACGUUCCUUGGCCCCCUGUGCCUUGAAGGUGCUGGCCAUGGGCAGGCAGCUGCCUCCUGCCUGGUGCUGUGUGGCAGCCAGGCCCCUCGGUGGCUGUGCCCACACUGACCUGCCUGCUAUGGGACUUGAUGCUCAGGCUUGGGGCUGAGCACUGCCCUGGAGCGGAGCCUCUGCUCCCUCCUGUUUUCCCCACUAGACCCUGCAAGGAAGGAAACCACACAGAGUUCCCUGGGACACCAUGUCCCAUCCGUGGGAAAGGGAGAAAUCCCUGGAGCCAGGCGGCUGGGAACAGGCUGUCCCCGGGGCCAUGGCCGGAGGAUGCUGCCCUUUAGGAGCCGUGGCUUGACCGGACCCUGGGGCCUUCUGGAGAUCCCCAAGCGUGUGGCCGUGGGAAGCUGCUUGACCCCAGCCUCUGCUUGGAGCCUGGCAGGGCCGGGGCAGCGCUGCCUGAGGGGUCCUGGCCACCAGCCCCUUCCUGUCACCCUGGAGGUGGGACCAGUGGCUCCUGACCAGGGUUUGCUGGGACAUGGUGGGUUAAGCCAGCAGCAGGGCUCUGCAGUGAUCCCGAUGGCUGCAGGGUCACCACUCUGGUGCCCUGGGAGCACAAUUCCCCCCCCCCC